UCAGGAAAUUCAGCACAUAUACUGUAUGUACAGAAUAUGAUCGACAAACUCGGCUAUCUUCUGGGUGUGGUAGUCUUUGUAAGUGUGCGUGCACCGUCCUCACCUCAACACGAUUCUUUCAAAGUGAUAAAAACACAGCGCAUGACAACAACAAUGGUUCCUCAUUUAGCGUGAAUCUGCAGUAUAUGAGAUCAGCGCCUCUCUGGUUCGCUCAUCAUUAGACUUUGGAGAGUUGAGCACUUCGUAACUGAAGAACGAUUCACAGAACCAGAGUCCGUUUUGGUGCCGCCGUUCAGGGUUUGAAGAUGUGGACGAGUCUCUCUGUCAGGAUUUGUCUGCUCACCCUGGCUGUAGUGAUGCUCUUCUCUGCAUCAGAAGGGGAUGCAUUUCUAUAUCCGCCCUGCUGUCAUGAAGGUGGCCACAGGACAAAAGAGCCAAUCGCAGAGUGUUACAAACAGAAAGCAAGAGAGGGCUGCCGCGUAAAUGCCUACCUGCUUAAAACUUUGUCAGGUAAAUUGCAAUGUAUCAAGUCAGACUCCAUGUGGCUGAAGAAGAAACUAGCGACGAAACAAUUCAAGUGUCCCCCAACGACGACUGACAGAACCAGAGUCAGUUUUGGUGCCGUGCAGCGUUUGAAGAUGUGGACGACUCUCUCCGUCAGGAUCGCUCUGCUCUCUCUGGCUGUUGUGAUGCUCUUCUCUGCAUCCGAAGCGAUGCUACAAAUACCACUGCACUGCUGUAAUAAAGUCCAACGCCUCAGGCAUAUUGAGAAAAUCAAGCAGUGCUUUGAACAAAAAGAGCGACACGGCUGCAAGUACCAUGCCUUUAUGAUUACUAAUGACAGUGGUAAAACUUUUUGUGUCGAACCAACUGUCCCGUGGCUCAAAAACCUUCUAGAAGAGGAAAAAUUAAAGUGUCCUCCAGAUAUCUCAAAACUACUGAGGACAAGAUUCGAAGUCCUGGAUGAAGAUGAUCUGGAAUAGCAAAAAGCGAUGCAGCAAAGCAGCUUACUGAGAAACGUGUUUUUAACUAAUUUACUACUCAUUGCUAUUAAAAACAUCUACUUUAUUAUCUACAGCUUUAAAAAAAAAAAAUUCUAGCAUUAUUUUAUUUUGAAAACUUGUCAAUAACAGUAAUGGCAGAGUCUGUCUUUGGAAAUGAAUCUGGUUCAUGAGAAAAUAUGUUUUGAAAAGAUAAAAAACAAUGCUUGCAAUGUGAAGCAAUACAAUGCAGCAAUACAAAAUGACAUGUCAUUCCAGUCUGUUAAUCUGUGGCUAUGAUCAGGGUAGCCAAAACCCAAUGUGUCUGCCUGUUUUAACUGAUUACCUGAUAAAACCAUUAAUAAACCAUUGUUGCUACAGCGUGUUAACACAUUUUUAGUAAACCCACAGAUACACUGUGUCAUGGUGAUGGAACAGAUGAAGAAACGAGAAAGAGGUGUUUUUGGCCAAACCCAAAUCGUGAUAUUCAAAAAAGGAAGUUGCUUCACAUUAACGUUUGUUUUAUAAACGUGGUGUUACUUCACCACAGAACUAUAAUCUAUAAUCUGUAUUUUACUGAAUUGAAGAGAAGGCUAAGAAAGAAAGGUGUUCAGAAUGUGAGAAUCCAAAUAAUAAAUAUAUUAUGUCAUAGUAGGCAAGACUUUGGCAGCAAACUUUACAACAUUUAGAUGAAUAAGAAACUGUUCACCAUUUUGUACACAUUCAAAGAUUAUAUGCAUUUGGAUAUUGUAAAAAAAAAAAAUAAUAAUGCUCAACUCACACUGAGACUUAGAAGACUGGAUCCUAAAUGUCAAUAAUAUAUAAAAGGUAAUUUGGACAGCACUCCAAGUAAUACUUUUUUAUUGAAACACGUUUUUGGAAAGUUGUCAAUAACUAAUGGAAAAUAAAUCAUUUUAAAUGACCUUUUGUGACUAAAUUUAGAUUUUGUACAUGUUUAAGGUCUACUUUUAGUGCUGUAGUAGGCUGCAGUACUGGAACUGCAUGAAUGGAGUUUUCCGUGCAGAGUCU